GAACGACGAAGCUCUGAUUCACCAGUCCAAGAGGGAGGUCAUGGAUAAUUUGAGAUCUGUGCUCUGGGUAUUGAUUUUAGUCCGUACAUCGCGAGCCUUUACCUCGUGAUGUCUCUUUCUGGCGAACCCGCAGAGUAUUUGUCUACCUUUGCCACCUAAGGUCCAACGCUCCGCGUCACGUCACCCGUCACCCGUCGCCCGUCACCCGUCACGCACACCCAACCCAUCUCGGAUCUUGGAGCUUCAACCCGAUAUAAACAAUGACGCCAAAUAGGGGCAGCCCCAGCCGCGAGGCAUCGGGUUUCUUGCCUGCUCUGGCCAGGUUCUGGAAACGUUCUCAUGCUCCUGAUUAUUUGGGAUUUCUCGUGCUCCUGUUCGGAUACAUCUUGAUUAUCCUCUUCGUGGAACCGUUCCACCGGAUGUUUGUCAUUGACGACCUACGGAUUAUGUAUCCUCAUGCCGAAGUCGAACGAGUCUCCGUCCUCAUGAACUUCGUCUACGCCCUCUUCAUCCCCCUGGGCAUCAUGAUCGCCUACAACACCAUGACAAAAGCCAGCCGCCACAAACACGAAGUCACCUACCUCUGCUUCGCCGUCGCCCUCGUCACUGCCUCCUUCCUCACCGACGUCAUCAAGAACGCCGUGGGCCGGCCCCGCCCCGACCUCAUCGCCCGCUGCAUGCCCCAGGAAGACACCCCAGCCGGCGUCCUCGUCACCUCCGACGUCUGCACCGAGACCGAACACCACCGUCUCCACGACGGGUGGCGGUCCUUCCCUUCCGGCCAUUCUUCCUUCGCCUUUGCGGGUCUCGGCUUCCUCAGCCUCUUCUUCGCCGGCCAGCUGCACGUCUUCCGCCACGAGGCGGGAGGGCGGGACCUCAGCCGUGCGCUCGUGUGUCUCGUGCCCUUGUUAGGGGCCGCCCUGAUCGCCAUUAGCCGCUGCGAGGAUUACAGGCACGACGUGUACGACGUCUGCGUGGGCUCCCUGCUGGGCUACACCGUCGCGUAUUGGAGCUAUAGGCGCCACUGGCCGCGACUGACAGCUAGGGAUUGCGACGAGCCUUACCCGUAUCCUGGGUCCGACACGAAACCGAGCUGGACUCGACUAAGAGACGAGGAGGAAGGGGGGACGUCUCGUGGAAAUAUCCGGUGAAACGAUUGCCUUCCUCUGUUGGAAUACUCCAGAUGCACCGAAGGUUGCAUCUUUUGUCGUUGGAUAUGACGGCCAAUUAGAAUUAUAGCCAUGGUUGUGUUGUGGUUAGCCCCUAGGACAUGGACCUGGGCCUUCACUGCACUUUAUUGGAACAAUAUGCGAAAUAAAUGGCGGGCAUGGCAUCAGCCGUUCGUCGCAUGUAUUGAUUGGUAUUUGUAUUUGUACACUGUCCCUAGCAGACUUCUAGUGUCCUUUAACUUCCUCUUCACGAAAAUUCAUCCAUCAGGUGCGCCCGUCGC